AAAUAUUUACUUUGUAAAUCAAGUAUAAAUCUCCUAUAAAUGUAUUUGCUUAUAUUAGCAGGGAGGAAAAUAGGAAAAAGGUGUGUGCUAGGUUAUCACAUGAAUAACUGGGGCUGAUGAGUCAGAGGGGAGCUGUGAAGGGGAGUGCUGAGUAAGAAGGAAAAGGAAGUGAUUUGUCAUAAAACACAUAAAGUAUUAUACACCAAAGGAUCAUGUAUGCUUUGGUAAAAUUAUGUAUGCAUGGGCCAAUGUGUAUGUGCAGGUAGUGUUUGAGAGAUGUUUUAAAUGUCAUUAGCUAUGUGUUAGCAAUUUUAUCUAAAAAUGAAAGAAACAUUAGGAGAAUGAGGAGGAAAUUUUCUACCUCAUCUGCCCCAGGGAAUGUGCAAUCCCUAAUGUGAUAUUUUGAGUUGAAUAUUGUCUCUAGAGACACUAGAGUAAAAACAUCUUCAUGUGUGUAUAAACAAUUUUUUUUAAAAAUCUUUGUUUCCUAAAGGGGCUCUUGGGAAAGCCUCUAUAUCAAAUCCCUGAGAACUUGAAGCUCAGACUUUUUAAAAUAAAUACCUGAUGCUACCUAUCAUUAUGUUGGAAAAAAUGAGUGCUAUUCAAUUCUUUUCUUGUAGUUUAAUGAUUAUCACUGGGAAAAAUCAUAAUUAAAAAUCAUGAUCUUUAUCUGAUCGACUCUCAGAGCAAGUCAAAGACUGAGAUUUGUCAAUGCCCUCAGACUCUCCACAAAAAAGGAGGAGGAGCAUUUUAGUUACAACUUCCACUUCCUACAGCAGCAGGAGGGUGGAGAACAAAGGUGGAGCGGAAACUUCAAGGAUAAUUCUGAUGCCUCUAGGCAGAAGGAGGGUGAGACUGAACCUUUGUUUUCAGUUGCUUCCACGGAUUUUUCCACUUUUCCCAGCUUUGACCCUGAGGUACACAUGAGACCAGAAGUAGUGCUUAUAUGAUAAAGUCUGCAGUGCCUCCAAUCUUUCUACCCCUUAGAGAAUUUCCUAUGAAGGAGGCCAGGGUUCCAUUUAUGACUUAGGAUUGUCAUGCUGUGCAUGUUUGGGAAGCUAAAGCAUCUCUGGGAGCAUGUUUCCCUAACUCUGCUAUGGACAUGGUGCUCAUGGUCUCCACCCUACACUGCAUGCAGUCUGGACUGGUGGCAGGCAGAGGGUAUCCAGAGUGUGGUGAGUAAAGUUUAACAAGCAUAAACUGGAGUUAGUGUAGAUGACACCCUGAAGCAGAGAAAAGAUCAGAACUCCUUGCACUUCUCCUUGAUACUUUCCUCCCACGUGCUUAUACUGUGCUUAUUAUGCCUCCCGUGUACCUGUUGUCUUUGUACAAGCAGCGCCAGAUUCAGCUUUCCAUAUAAUAGUUAAACCUCUGCAGAGUCUCUGGGAUUUUUGGUUCCAGAAGGGAUUGGGCAUGGCAUUGCAUGGUAAUUCUGGGCCUUAAAUAUGACUCUACUCCCCUAUUUUUCAGGUCUCACUGAAAGAGAAUGGACAUUGGAAACAGUUCCUUUGUCGCUGAGUUUAUCCUCGUGGGUUUAACAGAAUAUGCAGGGAUCCAGCUCCCCCUCUUCUUCCUCUUCCUAGGAAUCUAUGUUGUCACUGUAGCAGGAAACCUGGGCUUGGUCACUCUAAUUGGACUGAAUUCUCACCUUCACACUCCCAUGUACUACUUCCUCUUUAAUUUGUCCUUUAUUGAUCUCUGUUACUCUUCUGUCAUUACCCCAAAACUGUUGGUAAACUUCGUGUCAAAGAUGAACACCAUCUCCUACGGAGGGUGCAUGACUCAGCUCUUUUUCUACUGCCUCUUUGUCAGUGCAGAGUGCUAUGUGUUGACAGUGAUGGCCUAUGAUCGCUAUGUGGCCAUCUGUAAGCCCCUGCUGUACACGGUCACCAUGUCCCCCAAGGUCUGUUCUCUGCUGUCUGUGAUUGUAUAUGUGGGGGCGUUUAUUGGUGCUUGGGCCCAUACAGGCUGCAUGCUGAGGUUGAUCUUCUGUGAGGCCAACACCAUCAACCACUACAUGUGUGACAUCCUCCCCCUCCUGGAGCUCUCCUGCACCAGCACUCACAUCAAUGAAUUGGUGGUUUUUGUUGUUGUGGGCUUUGAUGUUGGUGUGCCCAGUCUCACCAUCAUUGUCUCUUAUGCUUUCAUCCUCUCCAGCAUCCUCCGCAUUCAUUCCACGGAAGGAAGGUCCAAAGCCUUUAGCACUUGUAGCUCACAUAUAAUUGUUGUUUCUGUUUUCUUUGGGUCAGGGGCAUUCAUGUAUCUUCAUCCUUCUUCUGUUUUGUCCAUGGACCAGGGGAAAGUGUCCACAGUGUUCUAUACCAUUGUGGUGCCCAUGCUUAAUCCUCUGAUCUACAGCUUCAGGAACAAGGAGGUUAAGGUUGCACUGAGAAAAAGCUUGAGAAGAAAAACAUUUUCUUGA